AUGUUCAAUAACCUCCUGGCUUCUUCCUCUAUCUUCGGACUGUUCCUGGCUGGUAAAGUUCUCGCUGGGAUCUAUGUGACCAAUCCUGUGGCGGAUACGGUUGUACAAUCCGGUCAGACGCUGACCAUCAACUGGGUCGACGAUGGGGUCUACCCAUUAUUGGGCAACAUCGGACCCUCUUCUAUCGCCCUCUUUACCGGAUCUACCUUUCAACAAUCUUGGUUGGCAAAUAUCGCCGAGGAGAUCGACGUCAGUAAAGUAGGAACCGUCAACUGGGCCGUCGACCCCAACGUCGGGCCGUCUGGAAACUACUAUUUCAUCAGGUUCACCAGCAAGAACCUUAAGGAUACCACCGAGGCUGCCUACCCGCACACAGCCUAUUCCGCCAAGUUUACCUUGGAAAACAUGUCAGGGUCCUUUAACGGAACCAUCCUCUCCCAAAUCAACGCUACAUCCUCCUCUUCCACCGCCCUCUCCUCACGCCCAACCUCUUCUGGUACUGGUGCUAUCAGCCGUGCGUCCUCAACCGGUUCGACGCCCAGCACCGCCCAAUCCGCUUCAGAGACCAGCGAGUCGGCUUCCAACUCGGCAGCCUCUAUUGGCAGGGAACUCUCACACGCCGGGAUCGGAGCCGUCGUACUCGGAUGUAUGGGUCUCGGCUUGGCCCUCUGCCUAUAG